UGAACUGUCACUGGUUCACACGAAUUGUGUGCAUAAACUCGGGAGCUUGCAAGAUGUCUCUGGGACCGUUCUUCCGUUCGCCGUUCACGGAUCUGACCGCCUCGAUGGUCAACUUCCAGCAGUACGACAAGUGCGGCGAGCUGGAGAUGGCUUCGAUCGACUGCCUGGAGGCGUACGGUACGGUGCGCGGUGCAAAGAAGUGCGCCGAUCUGCUCGCCGACUUCCAGGAGUGUGCGUUCAUGACGAAACAGAUCGCCAGAUUCCGGGCGAUGCGAAUGGAAAGACACCGUCAAGGAUGGAAUGGGGAGCGCAAGGGUGAUGGAUACUAUGCGCCACCACCGCGCGUCGAUUCGUACUAGAGCAAUGAAAAUGAGGCCCUAACCAUAGAGGAAGGCAUAUUUCUUGUAAAUUAUAAUGGAAAUACAUUCAACAGUCCAACUAUAACUGCGAUUACUGGAGUGUUUCUUUCA